AGCUUGCAGCCUUCACGACAUGUCCGAUUCGCCAGCGUCAGAAAAGCGCCAGAGAAAGCCAAGGCAACAUUCUUCACUUCGGUCGAGCUCCAAUGAUAAGAAGAUUAAGAUUAAGAUAACGGCAGCUCGAGAAGCCAAUAGAGAUCAUAGUGGAUCCGAAGACGAACUUGAACCGGAUGUUGCUAUUGAAGAACAAUUCAUAUUGCGAAUGCCUCCGGGCGAAGCUUGCAACAAACUACGAGAUAUGGUUAGGAAACGAGACGUGACCGAUGGCGUCAAGUUUGUUUUCAAAGAUCCAAGACAUGGUCACUUUUACAUUGAUGGGCAACAAUUCGACACAAAACUUGUUGAUCUCCCAACUAUAAUAGAAUCACAAAAGACAAUCGAUCAAAAGCAGCUAUAUAAAGUUGCAGAUAUAUCCCAGAUGCUUCUCGUUGAGCCUCAUAACUCACAAGAAGAACCUCAUACUUCCUAUCCCUUCAGCGUUCGGCGGAAUGCUGAACACUAUUUGUACCCGGAUGGUGUGACGCCACCGCUCAAACAUGUUCGCAAAAGGAGAUUUCGAAAGCGAUUGUCCAAACGCACCAUUGAAGUUGUUGAGAAAGAAGUCGAGAGAUUACUAGAAGUGGACGCUACUGCAGAAGACGUUCGAUAUGAAAUGAGUGAUAAUCGCGACCUAGAGCCAGACUCAGACAUAGGUACCCAAGACAUUGAUGUAGAGGACACGGAUGAAGGAAGUGAAAGCGAUGAAGAUUUGGCAGCAGCCAUCGACCGCGGUCUUGAGGAACUUGAAGAAGAAGACGAAGACGAUGAUGAAGACAGCGACGAUGAUGACGAUGACGAUGACGACGAUGAAGAUGAUGAAGACGAUGAGAAAGGAAAGCACAGUGAAAUUGCACAAAAACGACAAGAAAUAUUGGAAAUUAAGGCUGCUAUUCAGCGCAAGAACGUCGAUCUAAACUCUGCCACAAAUGCAAUUCUAAAGCAACGUUUCGAGACCGUUGUCGAAAACUUGAAGAAACAGCUAGCUCUGAAAGAAGCGCAUUUGGCGGAGCUCAACAAGGAAUAAACUCCACGUGCAUUAUUAGAACGAACGAUUAUUUCAUUCUUCCUUCAUUUUACCUUCCCAAUGACCAUUCUCAAUCAGCCACUACGAUCUGAAGUCAUUGCUCUGUACAAGCAGGUCUGUAUAUCUACCAAACCAUAAUAAAACUCGCAUUUCUGUAAACGCUCUGUGUGUUGUAAAUGAGA